AUGGCGUACCAUGGCCCCGGUGGCCAUAUGGGGGAUGAGCACCAGCUUCAAGAUCUGCACAGUGGCACGGAAUAUCAUCUACCUCCCCGACAGAAUGAACCUUCAGACGACGAGGCGGAGGCUUCUCUCCUGCACCAAACCCACGGUACUCCAUUUGAUGACCCGCACGCUCCAACCCUGGGUCACGCACACUCCCCAUACAACUUGACCGAAACAUAUGCCUCCAACGCGGCGCCCUUGGGCUCAUAUGCGGAACCCUACGGUGCAGCUCCUUCAUCGUUCUCAGGCGCGACACUUGAAGAUCCCACCGCCAUGUUUGGCGUCCCAGACAGAGGACCUUCCCCAUAUGAACGCAGCGAAACGGGCUCAACCGAAGCGUGGCGGGAACGGCAGGCUCCUGCCGACGGGCUUCGUCGUUAUGCAACCCGUAAAGUGAAGUUGGUCCAGGGCUCAGUUUUGAGCGUUGACUAUCCUGUUCCGAGUGCCAUUCAGAAUGCGGUCGAGCCCAAGUAUCGCAAUGAUCUUGAAGGGGGGACCGAAGAGUUCACCCACAUGAGAUAUACCGCCGCGACCUGCGAUCCCGAUGACUUCACCUUGAAGAACGGUUACAAUCUCCGGCCAGCCAUGUACAACCGACACACCGAACUUCUCAUUGCCAUUACCUACUACAAUGAAGAUAAGGUGUUGACGGCCCGCACUCUGCAUGGUGUCAUGCAAAACAUUCGUGACAUUGUAAACCUCAAACGGUCGGAGUUCUGGAACAAGGGUGGACCGGCCUGGCAAAAAAUUGUUGUGUGUUUGGUCUUUGACGGAAUCGAUCCUUGCGACAAGGAUACGCUCGAUGUCCUCGCCACCGUUGGCGUCUAUCAGGAUGGCGUCAUGAAAAGGGAUGUCGACGGUAAAGAGACUGUGGCCCAUAUUUUUGAGUACACGACGCAGCUCUCCGUCACCCCCUCACAGCAGCUCAUCCGUCCGCGUGCCGAUGCCCCGAACAACCUGCCGCCGGUGCAGAUGAUGUUCUGUCUGAAGCAGAAGAACAACAAGAAGAUUAACUCGCACCGUUGGUUGUUCAACGCCUUUGGUCGAAUCCUCAACCCCGAAGUCUGCAUUCUGCUUGAUGCCGGAACUAAGCCGGGCUCAAAAUCGUUGCUGGCUCUCUGGGAGGCCUUUUAUAAUGACAAAGAUUUGGGCGGUGCUUGUGGUGAGAUCCAUGCCAUGUUGGGCAAGGGCUGGAAACACCUGGUCAACCCUCUGGUCGCCGCACAAAACUUUGAGUACAAGAUAAGCAAUAUCCUUGAUAAACCGCUCGAAAGCUCCUUUGGAUACGUUAGUGUGCUUCCCGGUGCAUUCUCAGCUUAUCGGUUCCGAGCCAUUAUGGGCCGUCCUCUGGAACAGUAUUUCCACGGUGAUCAUACUCUUUCCAAGCGACUUGGAAAGAAGGGUAUUGAGGGCAUGAACAUUUUCAAGAAGAACAUGUUCUUGGCCGAGGAUCGUAUUCUGUGUUUCGAGCUGGUUGCCAAGGCAGGAUCCAAAUGGCAUCUUACCUAUGUCAAAGCGUCCAAGGCCGAAACCGAUGUUCCUGAAGGUGCACCCGAAUUCAUCAGCCAGCGUCGUCGGUGGCUGAACGGUUCAUUUGCGGCCAGUAUUUAUUCCGUCAUGCACUUUGGACGCAUGUACAAGAGCGGGCACAAUAUCAUCCGCAUGUUUUUCUUUCACCUUCAGCUUCUUUACAACAUUGCUACUGUCAUCAUGGCUUGGUUCACUCUCGCUUCUUUCUGGUUGACAACCUCUGUCAUCAUGAACCUCGUCGGCACUCCUUCAGAUCAAAAUAAACACACUGGUUUCCCCUUCGGUGCAGAUGCUUCACCAAAGGUCAACAUCGUUUUGCAAUACCUCUAUCUCGCCUUCCUACUACUGCAAUUCAUCCUUGCUUUGGGUAAUCGGCCAAAAGGAUCCAAAUGGACGUAUAUCACCUCCUUUGUCAUCUUUGGCCUGAUUCAGGCAUAUUUGAUCGUUUUGACCAUGUACUUGGUCGUUCGAGCGUUCACCAGUCCAUACACGGAGAAGCUCAACGACUCUUCUGCCGAGGCCUUUGCCAAGUCAUUCUUCUCCUCUGCGAGCGCUGGUAUCAUCAUUAUUGCCAUUGCCGCCACAUUUGGUCUCUACUUUGUCGCUUCCUUUAUGUACCUCGACCCUUGGCACAUGUUUACUUCGUUCCCGCAGUAUCUGCUCACCAUGUCAUCCUACGUCAACAUUCUCAACGUAUACGCCUACAGCAAUUGGCACGACGUAUCGUGGGGUACCAAGGGUUCGGACAAGGCUGACGCUCUUCCGUCUGCGCAAACUACCAAGGCUGCCGAUGGCAAAGUUGCUGUCAUUGAAGAGCCUGACAAACCGCAAGCCGAUAUCGACAGCCAGUUUGAGAUUACGGUCAAGCGUGCCUUGGAACCGUACAUCCCUCCCAAGGUGGACGAGAGGAAGACCCUGGAAGAUUCAUACAAGAGUUUCCGGACCAAGCUGGUAGCUGCCUGGAUCUUUUCCAACGCUUUGCUCUCUGUUGCCGUCACCAGUGAUAAUUUCACGCAAUUGGGAUUCACAAAACAAAGCACGGCACGAACGCAGUACUUCUUCCGCAUUCUCUUGUGGACGACUGCAGUCUUGUCGCUAAUUCGCUUCCUCGGUUGCUGCUGGUUCCUUGGCCGGUCCGGUAUCAAGUGCUGCUUUGCUCGGCGUUAG